UUUACACUGGCCCCUAGCAGUUUUUUAUUUGCACGUAGGUACUUUUUGGGCAAAUAAUUCUGACUAAAUUCUCUUAGUAAUGCUACAUGUGUCGUCUAAGUGUUGUUUAUCGAUGGGUUCAUUAGUUUCGGUUGGUCUAAUCAACGUAAUGAAAAAAGGAUAAGGUGGCACCCAUUUAAUCAAAUUCGAAGCGAGCAAAGUUCAGCGUUAUUUUCAGUAAAAACCAUAACAAAAGAAGCAAUUAAAGAAAUACAAUGAUUGCUAGAAAAUUAUUAUGGCUAUAUAUAUUUGUGAUUAACUCGAUUGUCGUUUUACAAAGUGUCAGGACAUGGACGGAUCAACAACUGUUUCCCUCAAAUAAAAUUCCAGAGGAUGGAUUGAGUCCUCGCCGUUCUGUAGUUAGAAGAAAAAUAGUGCUCUAUCAUAACUUUUUUCGAACAAAAGUAAGGCCGACAGCAUCUAAUAUGCUUUUAAUGUCGUGGCAUCCCCUGGCAGCCCGUCAAGCUCAGAAUUACGCUGAGCGAUGUGUAUUCCUGCAGCACAACGACGCUUCAGAGAAUACUGUUCCAUAUUUAGGUUCUUGUGGACAAAACCUUUUUGUAGCAUCACAAAAGACACCAUGGUUUUUCGCAAUCAAAACAUGGUUUUUAGAAUAUCAAAAUUUCACAUAUGGGGCGCCAGUGCGAAAUCUUAAAGCAGUUGGGCAUUACACUCAAAUGGUUUGGGCCACAAGUCACAAAGUUGGUUGCGGAGUCGCACAUUGCCCUGGUGGCCCUUGGGGCCACUUUUAUAACUACGUGUGUCACUAUUGCCCGGCAGGCAACAUUAACAGUAUCAUUCAAUACCCCUACAAGAUCGGUAAGCCUUGCGAAGAUUGUCCAGGGAGCUGUGUAUCAGAUUCUCUGUGCACUAACUCCUGUCCUGUCAAAGAUUAUUUCUCGAACUGUAAAGAACUCGUCGGACUUGCUGAUGUGUGCCAACAAGGUACCUGCAACGCGACGUGCACUUGUGGCAGUAAGAGAAUACAUAGGAACCACCCUUGGUAGUAGAAUUACCAGGACAAUUGUAAAGUUUAUAUUCGGUUCGUUAGCUUUAAGAUCCAUGUACAAACUUAUAUAUUAGCUAUAGUGUUUAUUACUUAUUGAUUGAAUAUAUUAAUAAAUGUACUUUAUUACA